AUGGCGUCGAGAUCCCCCACUCGCGCAUAUUUCCACCCGUUUACCGCUUUCAUGGUCCUCUUCGGCCUCUUAGCUCUGGCAACCGCCGUCGCUGCCUCAAAACCAGCACCAGCCGCAUCAUCACCAGCAGCUGAAGUCGAGCUCAUCUGCCACACAGACAACUCGGCAGAAUGCUACCCUAAGGUCUUCCAACCAACAGAAGAAUUCCAGACUGUUCAUGACGACCAAGAACUACCCCAUGGACUCCACGUACGGAUGAACAUCAACACCGGCCAGAAAGAGGCUAAGAUCAACGACCCAACCGAGAAGAAUCCGGCACUGGAGGGCAUGCCAGUGGACCGCUCCAUUGUGGUCGUGGACGGCGAAGAGGCCAAGGACGAGCAGCCGCUGCCGAAGGGCGCGCCAAAGUACGACUCUGUUGGUGCGGUCAAGCAGCCCCCGCAGGAGUCGAAUGAGUUCUACUCCAACCUCGAAUACGUGAAGAAGGGCGCAAACGGAAAUGACCUCCCCAUCGACGAGGUCCUCGAGUUUCUGGAGGACAUCUCUCACGACAUUUACUACGGCUUGAAGAUCACAGAGACGUUCGACACAGUCAAGUCCCUCCUCUGCCUCAUGACCGACCCCAACACGCCUGCACCCAGCGAGGGCACCGUCCCCCGAGACCAGCAGGCCGCGGCCAUCAUCUCCGGUGCCCUCCAGAACAACCCCACCGCUCUGGAGGAGGUUUCUAAGGUCUGGUCUCAACUGAUGGACGCCUCGUGCUCCACAACCGAGUCCAAGGACGCACCCAAGCUCCGCGACACGUUCUACGCCUCCUUCAUGCCCUCGCUGGAGAAGGCAGCUUCCGCCAGCACCGCCGACAAGGACGUCCUCCGCGCCGCGAACAAGGCCAAGGCCCAGGUCUCCGCCAUCCGGGGCCUCCUCAAGAGCCCCGCGAUCCGCGACGACUUCAUCGCGAGCAAGGGCAUGGACCGGCUCCUCGAGGUCCUCGCGCCCGAGGACGCCCGGUGGGACGGCGCCCAGCGCAAGACGGGCCAGCUCGUGCUGGACAGCUUCCUCGACGAGACCAUGGGCGCCGACGUCGGCGUGUGGCCCCUCUUCAAGGCCUCCGAGGCCGACGCGUCCAAGAGGAUCGCCGACCGCGUGAGCGACGGCAACUGGAAGGCCGCCGCCAAGACCAUCAUGGAGAAGAACAAGGGAGACAAGAGCCACUGGAGCAAGGACCUGUACGACAGGCUGGACGCGCACGAGCAGGCGCAGCUGAAGAAGCUGGGCAAGCAGGAGUUGUAA